ACGUUUUCCUUCCCUAUUUAAUGGCAGCAUCCACCCGUCUGCAGCCAGUCUACUCCAGACACUCAGCACAGCAGCAGUCCACUCCAGACUUCCUGGUCUUACAGAAUCAGACAGGCGUCUUAUCCACGCUCAUCUCACUGUCAACGCUCCUCGUACUUAGGCUUCAAGCGUCCCUGUGUGAGUCAGCCAUGGGUCAGAACAAGGUGUGCACCUCCAACACUUACGGCUACCCCGAGGCCAGCCAGUCCGCCGUCAAGGUGAAGAGCAAGGUCCAGCAGGCCGCCUCAGGCGCCACCAAGAGCGGCCAGAAUGGUGGAAACACCAAGGACAAGAAGGACGUGUGGGGUCCCAUCUACCAAAACAGGCAGCACUUCAUCGACAUGCACAUCUGUUAGCGCCAGUCGCUGCUGGGUCUGACGUGGGACCAACGCGUUGACUGCCAGGCGGCCGAGGCCCCGAAGAGAGAGUGCAAGAUGCGCCGCUCCGGAGCUUGAGGCACCGCGGCGUUCAGAGCAGCGAAGCUCUCGGCGCCAGUGCCAUAAACGGAGGCUUCGAGGACCACUGGUGAUGACGUGGUGGCAGUGACGGCGGCUGCGCCUCUGCUGACGGCCGCAGACACGUGUGUCACGUACGCAGUCACUGCUGAGCCAUGUGGAAAUUAUAUUUUGCUGCUGCAGCGAUAUCCAUAGUCUCACCCGCCUCUCCCAACUCCCCUCACUCCGCGGCGCUGACGGAGGCACCAGCCUGUGGUGUUGCCACUGCGAGGGGCUCCUGCGCCGCCACCCGCACACCCUCACCCCACCUGGACCAACUCUUGUUCCCAUCCGAGAAACCUCGACGAAAUGGAGCUAGUACAAAACAAAUAUAUGUAUUCAAUGAUUAUGAAUAAUAAAUACACGUUAAUUGAUUA